GGAGCAGAUCGCUGAUCAUGGCCAUGGAGUUCUUCCUAUAACGAGCCGUUGUUUUGUCGCCCACACUCAUCCCGGCCAGUGAGAGCUCCACGCUUUGAAUCUUCGAAUGUCGUAUAAACUGAAAUCGAAUCGGACCCAAAGCAGAGAAGAAUAGAGUCUGUUCAUCAGCUCAAUCGAUUUCCUCAGCUCCUGGACUUGAUCAGAUCCACCAGGCCAGGCAACAGAAACCGCUCCAAAUCGGAAAAUGCAGAAAGCCUGUCUAGGAAGGUGAAGAAUCGCGAAUACUUUCUAAAUGGAGUUUAUUAAUGAUGCCUUAAUCUUCGACUGAAGAAAUUCUGAAGAUUUUCCGCGGGUUAGCGACUGGUGGCCAAUGCUGGUUGGUGCGUAGGCUGAUCCAACCAUUUAAACUCGGCAGCAAUAAAGAUGGUCGAAGCGCUGGGCCCGCGCGCUUUGCCAUUGGGGAACAUCCAUUCCUUCCCUCGAUCCUUUCACAGUUUCACUGUUUUCCGCAAUUGCGAUGCGAAACGACCAUGAGUUUUGUUGUUGUUCACGCCGAAUCUGCUUAAUCCGAUUCUCUAGGCUCUAAUUUCAACUUAAUUAGUUUCUGCGUUUGCUCUACGGCGAGUUCAGGGAAUUUUGCGUGCUGGAACCAGAGGAAUCUAAUUUUUUGUUUGGGGAAAGAUUGGAAGAGAUGAAGUUGAAAAUCGUGCAUCAGAAUCCGGAGAAUCGCGGAGGCGAGGAGCUUGAGAUGAAGAAGGAAAUACUGGAGAUGGAUCGAAAUCAAAUGGAGGAAGACGAACAGCAGAAGCAGCAGCAGCCUCCGGUCAGCGUCUCGCCGGAGGAUCAUGAGUUCGUGAAGGAGAAUUCUACGCCGUUGGAUCCUUCCCCCAUUUCUGCAUUUGAUCCGACGCUUGUUUCUGGCAAAAGGCAGAGGAAGCCCAAAGAAAUCGUCGAUGAAAUUUCCCCAAUUUUUCGGAAGAAGAAGAAAUCCUCUGUUUCCAAACAUAAGCAUGGGAUCUAUGCCAGUGGAAGAACAUCGACAAGUUUUGGAGAUGGAGCUUUCGGCAAUUCGGGCAAUCCUGUUCCGUUGAAAUCUCCCAUUGUGAUUCGGGCCGAGGAAGUUCAAGCGAAUCUAGGCGACGAACAUCCUAGCUUUCUGAAACCCUUAGUCAGAUCACACGUCGCAAGCUGUUUCUGGAUGGGUCUUCCCGUCCCGUUCUGCAAGCUGUAUUUGCCGACCAGGGACAGCACAGUGACGCUCGAAAAUGAAAACGGUGAAGAGUUCUCCAUUAAGUACAUCGCGCAUAAGACGGGAUUAAGCGCAGGAUGGAGAAAGUUUGUUGCCGGGAACAAACUACUCGAAGGAGAUGUUUUGGUUUUCCAACUAGUCGGGCCUUGCAAAUUUAAGAUAUUAAUCGUAAGGGCGAAUGAUCUGACUGAGGUCGACGGUGCUCUUAGCCUACUAAUUUUGGAUUCUCAAACGAAGCCCGAUGCAGGGAGAGCUACGGAUGCGCGGGUCAGAAAAAAUCGACAUCCUAAAUCUCUUCCCUUAACAGUUCUGCAGAAGAAGAAACACAACCAAGAUCGAUUAUUUCCGGAGGAGCAAUCCGGAAACGACAGCGACGAGGUAGCGUCCGAGGUGUUAGAAGGCUCGAAAAUCUCCCGAAAUUCUUUCAGUUUCAAAGACGUCCGAAGCUUUGACGAAUUCCAAAUCAUCGUCAACGGGUCAUGCAUCGACGCGGAAAUACCCGAACCGAUCCGCCGAAAAUAUUACAAUCUGUGUUGCAGCAAGAACUCGAUUCUUCACGAUCGGAUCCUUCCAGGUCUCUACCGUAAAUUAGCUGCGGGUAUGAUUGUCGAAGCCGUGACCAUUGCCGACGCGAUUCGAGGGUGUAAGAUAAACACUUCGAAGAAGGAAUUCGACGCAUGGGAGAAAUCGCUCAAAUCGUUCGAGCUUUUGGGUCUGAAUGUGGGAUUUUUACGGGCUCGGCUGCGGAGGCUGGCGACGAUGGCGUUCGAGUCGGAGGGGGCGUCGGAGACGAAGAGAUUUCGGGAUGCUCAGAUGGGUUUUGAUCGAACCGAAAUCGAGAUUCGACGUCUCGAGACAAAACUCGUCGAGCUGAAGGAGCUUUGGGUGAAAUGUUACGAGGAGGAAGAGGAGCUGAGGACGAAUGCCGAUUGUUGCGAGUUCUCGUUUAGAGAAGAAGCUAAGGCUCCAUGGUAGGUAAAAAUUUGAAGCUUUUUUGUUUUUUACAGCUUUUCUGUGUUUACGUUAUAUGGAUUUCAAGUGUUGGUAAAAUUUAUGGUUAGGGGUCAAUUUUCUCGAGUUCAAAGAUAUUAUAUAUAUAUAUAUAUAUGGCAAAAUUAUAUAUAAUUCACUGGUUUGUUGUUCGAAAAGUUGCACUAUUUAUUUUUUUAUUUUUAUUUUUUUUAUGAUUGAGAAAUUGUAUUGAUUUUUGUAUUUUAUAAAAUAU